UGAGUUCGAGUUAGUGAAAAUGGUUGAAAUUGAGAUGGAAGCUGACGUUGAGACCUUCGCAUUCCAGGCGGAGAUCAACCAGCUUCUGAGUUUGAUCAUCAACACUUUCUACAGCAACAAAGAGAUUUUCCUCCGCGAGCUUAUCAGCAAUGCCUCUGAUGCAUUGGACAAGAUCCGAUUCGAGAGCUUGACUGAUCCCAGCAAGCUCGAGUCUCAACCCGAACUAUGCAUCCGGAUCAUCCCAGACAAGGUCAAAAAAACCCUCACCAUCUUCGACACCGGCGUUGGCAUGACCAAAGCAGAAUUGGUGAACAAUCUGGGGACGAUUGCGAGGUCCGGGACCAAGGAGUUUAUGGAGGCUUUACAGGCCGGGGCUGACGUGAGCAUGAUCGGGCAGUUCGGCGUGGGAUUCUACUCUGCUUAUUUGGUGGCUGAGAAGGUCCUUGUUGUGACUAAGCACAAUGAUGAUGAUCAAUAUGUGUGGGAGUCUCAGGCUGGUGGGUCUUUUACUGUUACUAGGGAUGUUAAUGGAGAGCCACUUGGUAGAGGGACCAAGGUGAUUUUGUAUCUCAAGGAAGACCAGCUCGAUUUCUUGGACGAGAGGAAGCUCAAGGAGCUUGUGAAGAAGCAUUCCGAGUUUAUAAGCUACCCGAUUUACCUCUGGGUGGAGAAGACUGUGGAGAAGGAGAUUAGUGAUGAUGAAGAUGAUGCAGGGGAAGGCAACAAUACGGAAGAGGGGGAUGUUGAGGAAGUUGAUGAGGACAAAGACAAGGAAGGGAAGCCGAAGAAGAAGCAGGUAAAGAAGGUGGUACAUGAGUGGGAGCUACUCAACAAGCAGAAGCCGAUUUGGCUGAGGAAGCCGGAGGAGGUUUCGAAGGAGGAGUAUUGCACUUUCUACAAGAGCCUUACCAAUGAUUGGGAAGACCCUCUUGCUUGGAAGCAUUUCACUGUAGAAGGGCAGCUCGAGUUCAAGUCAAUCCUCUUCUUGCCGAAAAGAGCACCUUUUGAUCUGUUUGACACGAGGAAGAAGCCGAACAACAUCAAGCUUUAUGUGCGCAGGGUGUUUAUAAUGGACAAUUGUGAGGAGCUAAUGCCGGAGUACCUUGGAUUUGUGAAGGGCGUUGUGGAUUCUGAUGAUCUGCCGCUCAACAUUUCGCGUGAGAUGCUGCAACAGAACAAGAUUCUCAAGGUGAUUAGGAAGAAUCUGGUGAAGAAGUGCCUCGAGAUGUUCAAUGAGGUUGCAGAGAAUAAGGAGGAGUAUACUAAAUUCUAUGAGGCUUUCUCGAAGAACCUCAAGUUGGGUAUCCAUGAGGACAGCCAGAACAGGGCGAAGCUGGCUGAUUUGCUCAGGUACUACUCCACCAAAAGCACUGAUGAGAUGACCAGCUUUAAGGACUAUGUGACUAGGAUGAAGGAGGGCCAAAAGAACAUCUACUACAUUACUGGUGAGAGCAAGAAGGCUGUCGAGAACUCGCCGUUUCUGGAGAGGCUUAAGAAGAAGGGAUAUGAGGUGUUGUUUAUGGUUGAGCCGAUUGAUGAGUAUGCUGUUGGACAGUUGAAGGAGUAUGAUGGGAAGAAGCUUGUAUCUGUAACGAAAGAAAGGCUGCAGCUGGAGGAUGAGUCGGAGGAGGAGAAGAAGCAGAGAGAGGAGAAGAAGAAGUCGUUUGAGAAUCUGUGCAAGAAGACCAAGGAGAUUCUUGGGGAUAGGGUGGAGAAGGUGGUGGUCUCUGACAGAGUUGUGGACUCACCGUGUGUCUUGGUGACUGGAGAGUAUGGGUGGACAGCUAACAUGGAGAGGAUCAUGAAAGCUCAGGCUUUGAGGGACAACAGCAUGGGAGCUUACAUGUCUAGCAAGAAGACUAUGGAGAUUAAUCCCGACAAUCCUAUAGUGGAGGAGCUGAGGAAGAGGGUCGAGACUGAUGAGAAUGACAAGUCGGUGAAGGACCUUGUGCUGCUGCUCUAUGAGACCGCCCUGUUGAGUUCGGGGUUCAGCCUUGAUGAUCCCAACAGGUUUGCUGGGAGGAUUCACAGGAUGCUGAAACUGGGUCUCAGCAUUGAUGAAGAUGAUGACCCUGAACUAGUUGAUGAUGUCGACAUGCCUCCAUCGGAGGAGAAUAAGGUUGAGGAAAGCCAGAUGGAAGAAGUUGACUGA